AUGAGCACUGAAACAAUGGCUUCGGUUAAUAUUUGUUGUAUUCCGGAUAGUCCAUAUGCAGUUAUUGGUGUAACAAAUACAAAGAGAGCUAGAAUUGAAAUCGAAACAAAGAAAAUCGAAGACACUGUUGAUACAAUCAGACGAAAUCCAAUCAAUAUGGUUUUGGUACUUGAUCGUAGUGGUUCAAUGUCAUCGAACAAUAAAUUGGAAUUUGCGAAGAAAGCUGUUAUUGCUGUACUCAAUUUAUUGCAUGAUGAUGAUGUUGUACACCUUGUUGCUUAUGAUACAAAUGUUUGGACGGUGUUUGAAAAUUCACCGGCAUCAGGUCGUGAAGUUCUUUAUUCAGUUGUUGAAGGAAUAACUACUGGUGGUGAAACUUUCUUAUCUGGUGGUAUCGAAACAGGUGCCAAUCUUCUUGAAAAAUAUCCACAUCCCGGAUUUUCCAAGCGUAUGUUUGUUUUAUCCGAUGGAUUAGCGAAUGUUGGAUUAAAAACCAAAGAAGAAAUCACAAAGGCUGUUGCAAAAUAUAGCAAAAAAGGAAUUAUAAUUGAUUCGUUCGGUGUUGGAGAAGAUUUUGAUGCCGCCAUAAUGAAAGGCAUUGCUCAAGCUGGAUGCGGUCAGUUCUUUUUUCUUGAAUCGGCCGAAGUUAUCAUUGACUUGAUGACAAAAGCACUGCAGAGUGUUUUUGAUGUUUGUGGAGCACAAGCACAACUAAUGAUUCGUGGUCGUAAUAACGCUAUUGUGACAAAAAUAUGGGGCCAUGAAAAUAUAGCAUGUGGCGCAAAUCUUGGUGAUCUUCAUGUAGACAAUCUUCGAGUUAUUCUUUGUGAUUUUACAGUUGCUGGAACAGUGACCGAAGGGACAGAAAUUGAAGUUCUCAAUUAUCAAUUGAAAUAUAAUUUGCCUGGCCAUGACGAUGAUGAACCAUUGGUUCUUACUGGACAAUUAUCGAUAACAUUCGUCAAUGAUGAAUCACUUAUUCAAUCGAUUGAUCCAAAAGUCAAAACCUUACAUGCAAUUCAAGUUUCAGGAGAAAUGGAUGAUAGAAUCGCUGAACUCAUAAAAAGUCAUCGAAGGGAUGAAGCCAUUGCAUUAAUUACUGAACAAAUAAUACUGCUUAAGGAAGUAGAACAUUUAGAUGACGAAAGAGGUAUGGUUGCAAUGUUAAUUCGAUUGGCAGAAAAUAUGGAAAAAAGAUUAAAAGAACAAAAAGUGAGUGCCAAAGCGGCUGCUCAAAAAUAUGGUCAUCAUGGUCAUUUGAAGAAAUGCUAUGAUCACAAAUAUGCAGACUAUUAUGAUGAAGAUUAA